AUGAUUGAGGCUUCGAAACCGCAGCCUGGGGAGCUUCAUCUCCUCAAAGACGAAGAUUACUUAAAGGAUGUCGACUUUGAGUACCACAGGUCCCUCUGCCUCUAUUUGAGUACAAAAGCAACAAUUGCGCGGCCAGCAUGCGACACUGAAGACCUCGCCAUGGACCAAGGAGGUGCAAAUGCUGCGCUGCGACAAGUCAGCUUUUACACUCCUUUGUUAGACAAGCUGAACAUUACAUUCAGCGACAAGAGAAUGAACGCUAGUCUUUUUAAUGAUCCCUGGACCAUAUAUAAAGCAGAACCAUCCAAGGAGGUCGACGCUGCGUGGGAGAAAAUGUCCAAGACCCGUUCACUGACUCUCGAGGCCGACGAGAUAAGGAAGAUGGGAAAAGACCCUGAUUUCGCGGUUCAGGUCCCUCUACACUGGGGCUACGGGGCCUCCAAAUACUUCGCACAACUCGACUCUCAACACCUCCUCCACUGCCUCAACUCUGUUCGAAAAUACAGCCACUACGCCCACUACUUCUACCCCAGAUGGGGCGACGAGUCCAACAUGCCAGCCCUAUCGGUUGCGCAUCGGUCGCACUGCAUUGGAAUCCUUCUGGACGCGCUGACGUGCCAGCCUAGCUUGAAUAUGUUGAACUUCAAUUGGAUGGAAACGCAGGAGAACCCGUUUCCGGACUUUGCAAUAAAUCGGAAGUGCGUGGAUCAUAGCGCGGUACUCGAAUGGCAGGACAGGGUGGGAAUUAGAGAGGAUCUAGUGGAGAAUGAUAUAAUCAAGAAACCAAAGGAUGCGAAGGUGCUCCCUGCAUUGCCGCAAUUGCUGGAGCUGGAAGACUGA